AAAAUGUGAAAAUGUAAAAAAUGGUGUUUUUCCUUGAGGUCCACAGAAUAAAUGUGAAGCAACAAUCAACCAACCAUUCAGGCACAACCAUGCAGAUAAGGCUGAGAGAUAAGCCACAUUUUAUGCUCACACACUCCAUCCAUCACAAAAUUAACUCACCCCCACACUGAAACACAAAUACAUAAACACACUUACAUAUAUAUACAUCCCUUUCCCACACUUUUUCCACCCACAAACACGUAACUACUAUUCCAAACUCCGCCAUGGCCACUGCCACCGCCGCCGCCGCCACGUCAUACUUUUUCGGCACCCGUCUCAACAACGUUAACACGACAACCUUAAACAACGGAAGAUUCCACGCGCUCUUGAACUUCGGCAAAAAGAAGACGGCGCCGCAGCCGCCGCCGAAGAAAAAGGAAGUGAAAGUGAAACCCUCCGGAGACCGGCUGGUGUGGUUCCCGAAUGCGGAGCCGCCGGAGUGGCUCGAUGGAAGCAUGAUCGGCGACCGCGGGUUCGACCCGUUCGGGUUCGCGAAGCCCGCGGAGUACCUGCAGUUCGACCUGGACUCGCUGGACCAGAACCUCGCGAAGAACAUCGCCGGCGAUGUGAUCGGAACCAGGGUGGAGGUCGCCGAGGUUAAGCCGACGCCGUUUCAGCCCUACUCGGAGGUUUUCGGGAUUCAGAGGUUCCGUGAGUGCGAACUCAUUCAUGGAAGGUGGGCAAUGCUGGGUUCUCUCGGUGCUUUGGCCGUUGAGGCUCUCACGGGAGUCGCAUGGCAAGACGCCGGAAAGGUAGAGCUAGUGGAAGGAUCAUCUUACCUGGGACUUCCUCUUCCAUUUUCAUUGACCACACUGAUCUGGAUUGAGGUGAUAGUGAUAGGGUACAUAGAGUUUCAAAGAAAUGCAGAACUUGACCCAGAGAAAAGGUUGUACCCAGGUGGCAGGUUCUUUGAUCCUCUGGGUUUGGCCAACGACCCUGAAGAAAAAGCCAGACUUCAACUUGCUGAGAUCAAGCAUUCUCGCUUAGCCAUGGUGGUCUUCCUCAUCUUUGCAAUUCAAGCUGCUGUGACAGGAAAAGGCCCAAUCAGUUUUCUUGCUACCUUCAACAAGUGACAUCAUAUAACAAUAUAAUAUAACUUUAUAAAUGAAAACUUUCAACCUUGUUCUCAUUCUCCUCGGUUAAGUUAUCCACAUCCUCAUCUAAUUUUAUUAAUUCUUUUCUGUACACCCAAAAGAUGAUGAAAACUGCUACGUAUAAUUAUGUAUGUAUGUUUGUACUCUGUUGUAUGCUUCUGUGUGAUAUUCAGAAUUGUUUCUACUUUGGUGAAA